GGAUGAUACGACAUCGUUAUCCUUGGUUGAAUCCCAUUUCUCUCUAUUCCAGCUUUCCAACUGACCUUGAACAUGUCUACACCUGGGGACAGCCUGAAUUAUGACCGACAUGACGGCUUCGACAGGAUCAAGACGGUCAACGUCCCUCCGCUGCCAGCAGACAUUGUCGAAGGGCUAAAGCCAUAUGAACUUGCGGCCCUGGCAUUCAAUAUCGCCGAGUUCGAGCUGAUUGAUGAGACCGCGCUUGCGGGGCAUAAGGAGCCUAGACUAUUCUUCAUGCAUCGUCCCCAGUCGGAGCAAAUGUCGCAAGUGUACGCUGUGCGUAGCCCCGACGACAAGUCUCCAGAGCGUUUAACAUACUUUAACACUGGAGGCGGACGCACUAUCACCAACUGGACCCCUGUCCUGGGUGAUAAUCUCCAUGGGAAAUAUCGUAAAGGAGGAGCGAUCUUCUCUAUGGACCUAAACGGAGACGAGGUGUUCCAACUGUGGCGCUACUGGGAAGAUGAUGCCCAAGAGGUGCCAUUCGGGCCUGUCGCUGGCGAGCUCGAUAACAAGCCAGGACGAGGCCGGAUCGAGCGUCUCACGAACGAUGGUUUCAAGUACUUACGUCCACUGAUAUCCAAACAAGGCCGAGGCAAUCUGCUUGUGUUCGGUAGCAAUCUGGAAAACAACAAGGAUACCAAAAUCUACAGUGUCGACCUGAGCAAAUCAGGUUGGAAUCCAGUCAAGAUAUUCGACAAUCCCGCAGGCAUCUCGUAUCCCGCGAGCUUCUCAGCCAAUGAGCAGUAUCUCAUCGUGAACCGAUCCAUCUCCAAUUCGAACAUCCCUCAUUACGUCGUCGAUCUUCAUAAUGUAACAGCCGAAGCAAAGCAAAUCCUCCUGCCUGGAAUCGAUCCGACCAUGCCGGUAGCUAUCCGGAGCGCACAAUUCUUACGACGGAGUGGUAGCACAAAUAUCAUAUUUGACACCGAUGCUGACGGCGACUUCACGAGCGUCAUCUUGUAUGAUCUAACCACCAAUUCAGUGCAGCAUCUCACCAACCCUGAUCCUUCUCUGCGAGCAAUAUGCCCGAUCCCGUGGAACGUUGCACUCCAGGCACUCACCGCAGAUUAUGCCUUGUUCACGGCGAAUCGCGAUGGAUAUUGCGACUUGUAUCGCUACGAUAUGGCAUUGAACGAGAUGAAACCAAUCAUGCUCCCUGGACAGGGCGAGAACAUCCUGAAGGAUAUCAUCACUGAUGAAGCGAAUGGACGACCGAACACAAUUCUUGCCAGCAUCACAUCUCCACACCUCGCCUCCAGCAUAUCUGAACUGGCUCUUUCAUCCUCGAACACGCUGGUGUUGAAACCUUACGUGGCCUGCCAGACGCAUAAGCCUGACUAUCCUACGUCAAGUCCUGCGCUUAUCCGCUACAAGAGCUUCGACGGUCUAUCCAUUCCCGCUUGGGUAUACAAGCCGACCGAGACGUCAGAGAAAGGGAAGCUACCCUGCGUUAUAUAUAUUCAUGGUGGACCUACAGCCCAAGUGCGGCCAAGCUUCCGUGUCUCAUUGAACGCGUAUAUCUUGAACGAGAUGGGAACCGCGCUCAUCAUGCCGAAUGUUAGGGGAAGUGGUGGAUAUGGAAAAGCUUACCAGAAAGCGGAUGACGUCUUCAAGCGUGAAGACUCUGUGAAGGACAUCGGCGCUCUGAUUGAGUAUAUCUCUUCGUCAAUGCCAGAAAUCGACACCUCGCGUAUUGCGGUCAUGGGUGGAUCUUACGGUGGCUACAUGACAUUUGCUUGUCUUGUUCAUUAUUCUUCCCUGAUCAGGUGCGGCGUUGCAUCGUGCGGUAUUGCAAAUUGGGUUACCUUUCUCGAAUCUACUCACCCCUCACGGAGAGCACAUCGCCGGAACGAGUAUGGCGACGAGUCAGAUCCCAACGUACGCAAGUUCCUCGAGAGUAUCGCGCCCCUCAAUCAUGUAGACGAUAUCAAUGUUCCUCUGUAUAUAUCCCAGGGCGAACAGGACACACGCGUCCCGCUCAGUGAGGCACUCCUUAUGUUCAAUAAGGUUCGUGCCAAAGGUCUUGAUACCUGGCUCGUGGUCGGAGAGCAAGAAGGACAUGGGAUGGCUGAUCAGGAUCGUCUCGAGUUUCAAAGACACUCUGGCUACGACAACGUCAAAACUGUCAACGUUCCUGCCUUACCACGGGACAUCGUGGAGGGGUUGAAACCGUAUGAAGCUGCUGCCUUGGGAUUCCGUCUCUGUGGGACAGAAAAGCUUACCGAGUCGGCUUCCGGGUUAGACGCAAUCCGAUUUUACUAUCAGCAUCGGCCGCCUGGCGAACGUCUUCCUCAAAUAUACUCGGUUACCGGCCCAAGCGAUCGUUAUCCGGAGCGCUUGACCUACUUCAACGUCGGCAGUGGGAGAGUCUUCGAUGCAUGA